CUGAAUGGCUCUCAGUGCGGCUUUUGCUCGUGCGGCAUGGUAAUGAAUAUGUACGGCUUGCUGGAGUCCAAAGGCGGCCGCGUUACCAUGGCAGAAGUGGAGAAUUCGUUUGGCGGUAAUAUUUGUCGUUGCACCGGCUAUCGACCCAUCUUGGAUGCCAUGAAAUCGUUCGCCAUUGACAGCAAUAUUGAAUUACCUGACGACGAUUGCGGCGACAUUGAAGAUUUCGAAUUCGUUACUUGCCCUAUGACGGGUAGACAGUGUUUAGGCAGCUGUCAUCAACAGCUCACAAAUUUGGCUUAUCCGGAUGGCACACAAUGGUAUUGGCCACGUACGCUUGCGGAGGUCUUCAAAGCUUUGGGCCAAGUAGGCAACGAUCAGUAUAUGCUGGUGGCGGGCAAUACAGCGCACGGCGUCUACAGACGAUCGCCAGACAUUAGACAUUUCAUCGAUUUGCACGCCAUACCCGAGCUGAAGCAGCAUUCUAUUGUAGGCGAGAGGCUCACACUUGGCGCCAACUUGAGUCUAACUGAGGCGAUGGAGGUUUUCGAAAAAAUUGAGCAACGACCUGGCUUUGAGUAUUGCCAACAGUUGCGAGAACAUUUUGAUUGGAUCGCGAACGUUCCAGUGCGCAAUGCUGGCACGCUGGCGGGUAACAUCAGCAUUAAAAAGGCGCAUCCGGAGUUCCCAUCAGACGUGUUUCUCUCAUUCGAGGCACUCAAUGUGCAGAUUAUUGUCCAGGAACUUGCGGCACAGCAGAAGAGCAUGCCGCUGCUGAAAUACCUCAGAUUACCUCCCAGAAAGGCGGUCAUUAUUGCUUUUGAACUGAGAGCCUAUCCGAAAGGCAGAUUUGUUUAUCACUCAUACAAAAUCACACCACGCGCCCAGAAUGCACACGCCUACGUUAAUGGCGCCUUCUUGCUUGACAUGGAUGUGGCGUCGUGGGGCAUUGUUAACUCUGCAUGCAUUUGCUUCGGUGGCAUCAAUCCAGAUUUCGUGCACGCCACCGCCACUGAGACGCUGCUACCAGGGCAAAAUUUAUUCGACAAGGAAAUUGUAGCAAACAUAUUCGCAACACUUAACUCGGAGUUACUGCCCAAUGACGUGCUACCAGAACCUUCACCGGCCUACCGUAAAGCGCUAGCUUGUGGACUCUUCUAUAAGACCUUACUUAAGCUAGCGCCGGCAGAUAAAGUAAAAGAGGAGUAUAAAAGUGGCGCUGACAUUUUGAGGCGACCUCUGUCGUCUGGUAUACAAACCUUCGAAACGAUUGAGAAAAAUUAUCCCAUCACGCAGCCCGUACAAAAAACCGAUGCACUGCUCCAGUGCUCCGGUGAGGCAACUUACAUGGACGAUACUAUCACCACUGCCAACGCUGUCUUCUGUGCUUUCGCCAAUGCUACUCGAGUCGGUGCGACCAUCGAGCAGAUCGAUGCUUCUGAUGCGCUGGCAAUGACGGGCGUCAUCGCUUUUUACACCGCCAAGGACAUUCCUGGCGCCAACACGUUUUGUGACCCCUCAUUCCAGUACGAACCGGAAGAGAUAUUUUGUAGUAAUAUCGUUAGGUAUUACGAUCAGCCAUUGGGCGUGGUAGUGGCACUCACCAGUGACAUAGCCAAUCGUGCUGCCGCGAAGGUGAAGGUAAUCUACAGCAAUCGUCCAACCGGCACUAAAAUUCUCCCCACCAUUGCGGAUGUCUUCGAGGCACAAGCAAUGGAGCGUGUCGUGGUAGGAUCUCAAACUGCACCCCCUGAAAUUCAACUCUCCGAUCAGCCAGAUAUCUCAGCGCGCGGCAUUUUCGAAAUUGGUGGCCAAUACCACUUCACAAUGGAACCACAGACCACUAUAGCAGUGCCAUUCGAGGAUGGUCUACAAGUCUGGAUCGCCACUCAGUGGAUGGAUCACGCGCAAUGUGUCAUCGCCAAAAUGUUGCAAAUCAAUGUGAGUGACGUACAACUAAAGGUGCGUCGAGUCGGUGGCGCGUACGGUGCUAAGAUCACACGCGGCAAUCAGGUAGCUUGUGCCGCCUCUCUGGCUGCCUACAAACUCAGCCGUCCGGCACGCUUCGUACAGACCAUCGAGUCGAUGAUGAAUUCAAAUGGCAAGCGUUGGGGUUGUCAUUCCGACUAUGAGUUCCACAUCAAAAACAAUGGGAAAAUUGUGGGCUUGGUCAAUAGGUAUUACGAGGAUGCAGGCUGCGUAUUAAAUGAGAAUCCUCUCGAAGACCUUACACCUUUAACCGUGAAGAAUUGUUACGAACUCAACGACGCCAACUCGAAUGUGUCUGGUCAGGCAGUCAUCACGGAUGCACCCGGUUCGGCAUGGUGUCGUGCACCCGGUUCGGUCGAAGGCAUCUCGAUGAUGGAGAACAUUAUAGAACACAUGGCAUUUGAGGCGAAUAUAGAUCCAGCUGAUGCACGACUCGUCAAUAUAAAGCAAGGCAAUAAAAUGGGCGAACUCUUGCCGAGGUUUAUAAAAUCGACUGAGUAUCGCGAGCGUCGAAAAGAAGUGGCACAAUUUAAUGAGAAGAAUCGUUGGAAAAAGCGCGGCCUUGGAUUAGCCAUUAUGGAAUUUCCAAUCAAUCUGGUGGGCCAGUACGCUGCAACUGUCGCCAUAUACCACGGGGAUGGCACGGUGGUGAUUGCGCACGGCGGCAUAGAGAUGGGACAAGGUAUGAACACAAAAAUCGCUCAGGUAGCCGCCUAUACGCUCGGCAUACCGUUAUCGUUCGUAAAAAUCGAGUACAGCGACACAAUUAAUGGUGCCAACUCAGAGGUCACCGGCGGUUCACUCGGAAGCGAAAGCCUUUGUUUCGCCGCACGCAAGGCCUGCUAUACGCUCAACGAACGCCUGAAGCCCGUCAAAGAUGCGCUCGGUGCAAACGCCAGCUGGCCACGAAUCGCGCACGAAGCUUGGGUCAGAAAUAUUAAUAUGAUCGCUAGCGAAUAUUAUAAGGAGGGUGACAUGCAGAACUACUUGGUCUAUGGCUUAGGACUGACAGAAGUCGAGUUGGACAUCUUAACUGGCAAUCAUUUAAUUAGGCGCGUGGAUAUUCUGGAAGACGCUGGUGAAAGUCUGAGUCCUUACGUUGAUGUUGGCCAAGUCGAAGGCGCAUUUGUCAUGCUACUGGGCUAUUGGCUAACCGAGCAUUUGGUGUAUGACCGGCAAACUGGCCAGUUGUUGACUAAUCGCACGUGGAAUUACAAACCGCCCGGCGCCAAGGAUAUACCCAUCGAUUUUCGCAUCGAGCUGCUGCAGAAGAACCCCAACCCAGCUGGAUUCAUGCGCUCAAAGACUACGGGGGAGCCGCCUGCCUGUAUGGCAGUGAGUUCGAUUUUCGCCGUGCAGCAUGCCCUGCAAUCGGCGCGCCAAGACGCUGGACUGCCGCGUGAAUGGGUGCGGCUGGGCGCACCAACAACGCCAGAGAUAAUCGCUUUGAAUUCCGGCACUGAUACGAGGACAUUUUCUUUGGAAUAGCCAGUAGAUUUAAGUCAUUAUAGUUAUUUUCUACGAGAGCCUUGCUUACGGUAUUCUUAGAGGGGUUGGUUUGCUGCAUAAUCAAGUGUAAAUACUCAAAUAUAUAUUUAGUUAAAUAAAAUGCUGAAGAGCGUUUAAGUGGGCGCUGUCUUUAAUUACAGCUACUCUACAGACACCUUUCUGCGGCAACGCUGAAGUUUUCCACCACGCAAAAUUUAAUGCUCAAGCAUUGUAGAUAUUUGGCAGUUCCUUAAUUUGA